AUGCUCCAGUACCCUCUUCGUCACGUUCUCGCCGCCGCGCCGCGCGAAACCAUCCCUCCGCCCUUUCCUUGGGCCACGAACCACCGCGCCACGGUGCACACCCGAAAGUACCUUUUGGAGAACAAGAUCGUGAAAAUCAAGGGGAGCGUGGAGUGCAAGAGGUGCAAGAACAAGUUCGAGAUGGUUCUUGAUCUGGAGGGCAAGUUUUCCGAAUUGUGGAGCUUCAUUCAGAAGAAGAAAGAUAGCAUGCAUGAUAGGGAACCCAAGGUUUGGAUGCAACCGGUGCUGCCAAAAUGCCAACACUGCGGACAAGAAAACAGCGUCCAACCCUCCCUUGCAGGAACCAAGAAAAAGGCCAUUAAUUGGUUGUUCUUGUUGCUAGGUCAAAUGCUCGGUUGCUGCACGCUUAAACAGCUCAAAUAUUUCCUCAAGCAUACUAACAUUCAUCGAGCUGGCGCCAAGGAUCGAAAUCUUUAUUCUACCUACAUGGGCCUCUGCAAGCAGCUAGUUCCUGAGUGGUUCGGUUCUUGA